UUGCCCCAUCAUCAUUCCAAGCAGCUAACUGUCUAUAACGACUAUAUAUAUACACAUAUAUUUUGCAGAGGUCAUCAACCCAUCACCAGAAAACGAACCAAGUGAUCGAUAUAACCGAGUGUACAUAGAUAUCAAUGGAUUUGGUGGCGAGACUUGCUUCGCAGAGAGCGGUGGUGAUAUUCAGCAAGAGCACGUGCUGCAUGUCCCAUGCAAUAAAGAGGCUGUUCUACGAGCAAGGAGUGAGCCCUACGAUCCACGAGAUCGACCAAGAAGUGUGGGGGAAAGAUAUCGAAUGGGCCUUGGCUCGGCUCGGCUGC